AUGCCAAAGACACCGCCCAACCGGGUAAGCAUCCGUCCCCAAGGAAAUGUUGCAGAAAGAAGAGGACAAGUUGUUGUGUCCCGAAAGAGCGAGAACGGCGAAAAGGCUGUCGCGCAAAUCCAGGCUGCGGGCGAAACCUCGGUGGAUGUCAAGUUAAUCGCCUGCGAUUUGGGCAAUCUGAAGGAAGUACGGAGCGUGGCUGAGCAAAUAAAAAAGGACGAAGGACGUCUGGACAUUGUGAGUUCCCCGUUGGAUAACUACGCAGACAAACGUGAUGCUCAACGUCAACUCCGAAGCUCGUCGCAGCAGCGGGCGUCGGGGUAA